AUGACAAUAGGUCAAGCUGAUGUUCUUUGGCGGCCAGAAGAUGACUAUAAGGUCAAACCGACACUGGAAGAAGGGGACGUUUAUCGACCAGAUAUCCUUAAGGUCGUAGAAACUGCUAUCGAUAGUCUCAGUGGCAAGUUACGGGAACUGAGUCUUGAUAUUCAUGAUCACCCGGAGCUUAGAUAUGAAGAAAGAUACGCUCAUGAUGCAUAUACCUCCUUCCUAGAGACCCACGGUUUCGAAGUCACGAGGCAUCACCUUCUGGAGACUGCAUGGGUGGCGACCUACACCCACGGGCUGGGCGGACGCGUUCUAGGGGUGAACUCAGAGAUGGAUGCGCUCCCGGGCAUUGGACAUGCGUGUGGACAUAAUCUUAUCGGCAUCGCAGGUGUCGCCGUCGCCUGCGCGGCAAAAGCAGCGAUGGAACAGCUUAGUAUCGACGGGAAGGUGAUUCUUCUUGGUACACCUGCUGAAGAAGGCGGGAUUGGGAAAGUGAAGCUGUGGGAGAGGGGAGCAUACAAAGAGAUGGACGCGUGUCUUAUGUGCCACCCUGGUCCUGGGCCUCUCCACUCCAUCAGUUUGAGCAGCUGCCUUGCAGUUAUACGUCUGGAGAUAGAUUACUCAGGUCACACUGCGCACGCUGCACUUAGCCCCUGGGAAGGAAAGAAUGCGCUGGAUGCAGCUGUCCUGGCAUAUACAAACAUCGCUUUACUGCGCCAGCAGAUUAAGCCUACGCAUCGUGUGCAUGGAAUUAUUCAGGGCCAUGAUUGGGCACAGAGUAUCAUCCCAGAUAACUCAAAGAUGUAUUAUUAUAUCCGUGCGCCAACCACUGUUGAAGCGGAAGAGACGCUCAAGCGUGUCGUUCCCUGCUUUGAAGCAGCAGCACUUGCAACCGGGACGAAAGUUAAAGUUAACAGAGGACACACUGGGAACGAACUUGUGCAGAAUAAAGUCCUCGGUGAUGAACUGUCUGAUGUAGUUAGGAAGAAGUACGGCGUCAUUGACUAUGAAUAUGGGAUCAGCGGCGCCUCGACCGAUUUUGUAAGGAAUAUUUCAUAUUUGAUGCCUGGCUUACACCCCGGGUUUUCGAUACCAACGGUACCGGGAGGCGGUAACCAUACUCCAGCAUUCACCGACUCGGCACGUUCGCAGGCUGCUCACGAUGCAUGUCUCGCUGUCUCAAAGGCCCUCGCACAUGUUGGCAUGCGCGUGAUCACAGACGGUAGGAUUUUUGCAGCAGGUGAAAGAUACUUUUGA